AUGGUUUCGAUUGUGCAGGAGUUUGAAAUGGGUUCUUCAGACGAUGGUUACGACGGCCCAAUUGUUGGAAUUUACGAGCCAUUUUCUAGGUUAAAUGAGAUGGAUUUUGAGUUGCACGGGAUUUACAUGGAUCAUGAACCAAAGCAGGAGUCGAUAACAAGGCUUAAUAAAUCUAAGGAUCCAUUUCUUAACAUUUUACUUAGUGAUGAGAACAUCAUAAUUUCAAGUAUGGCUGAUGAAGUCAAAGCUCGAGUAUACCAUGGUAAUGAUUUACAAAAUGAUGAGGAGGCAGAGGAAGUAGUGACGGACAACUACAAAAUACAUGAUCCAAACGUUAGGUGGGAUAAGAUAGAACCUAAGUUAGGGGAGAUGCUACUAACCAAGUACUCCCAAAAAGCUUGGGAUAUUGUUGAUGUGGAAAACACGGAUAAUUGGAUAUGGUUUCUAGUGCUUUUGAAGGAUGAUGUUGACCUUAGUACUAGUGCAUAUUUGGUUGUCAUUUCUGAUCAACAUAAAGGUUUGCUUGAAUCUGUUAAGGUUAUUUUGCCACAUGUGGAGCAUAGACAGUGCGCUAGACACAUUUAUGCAUGUUUUGGGAAAGCUUUCUCAGGAUUGGAGUUCAAGAAAUUGUUAUAG